AUGUCCUCUGUUACUGAAAACAACAAUAAUAAUAACAACGAUUUGUCUGUUAUACCUAAACCAGGUAGAACCGUCUUAGCCUCAGCUAUUGCCAAGGUUUAUACAGAAGAAAUUCAAAAUAAAAUUGUUCAAUUGAAAAGUACUUCUCAUCCCAAUGGUCCAUUAUUGGUAGGGUUUCUAGCCAACCAAGAUCCUGCAGCUGAAAUGUAUGCCCGCUGGACAGGCAAAACCGCUGAAUCACUUGGUGUAAGAUUUGAGUUACGCAAGUUCGAUGACAAAGAUAGACUUGAAGAAGGUAUCUUAGCUGCUAACGACGAUGAUCAAGUAGAUGGUAUCAUAAUAUAUUUCCCUGUGUUUGGAAAUGCACAAGACCAAUAUUUACAACAGAUUGUAUCACCUGAAAAGGAUGUCGAAGGUUUAAAUCAUCUAUACUAUCAAAACAUGUAUCAUAACAUUAGAUAUUUGGAUAAAGAGAAACAGCUAAAAUCUAUCUUACCAUGCACUCCUUUGGCUAUUGUGAAAAUCUUAGAAUAUUUGAAAUUGUAUAAUACACUUUUACCUGAUGGCAACCAUCUUUAUGGAAAGAAAUGUGUUGUUGUUAAUAGAUCGGAGAUUGUCGGUAGACCUCUUGCUGCGUUACUGGCUAAUGACGGUGCUACUGUAUAUUCUGUAGACAUCAACAAUAUACAAAAAUUCACUCGUGGUUCAGGUUUGAAAUACUCGAAACAUCAUGUUGAAGAUUUGGGUGAUUAUUCAGAAGAGUUGUUGAAGAAACUCUCACAAGAAGCAGAUAUCAUCAUUACCGGGGUUCCUUCGGAAAGUUAUCAAUUCCCCACUGAAUACGUUAAGGAAGGUGCUGCAUGUAUAAACUUCUCUUCUUUUAAAAAUUUUAGUGAGGAUGUUAAGACCAAAGCUUCUUUAUAUGUGCCAAUGACCGGUAAAGUUACCAUUGCCAUGCUGAUCAGAAAUAUGUUAAGACUAAUAGACAAUCGUAACGCUAAAAAGCAACAAGCAUAA